GUUGUUAACCUGGUCAUCACCGUGUGAUUUUUUAACUCGGAGAGAACUUUACUGCACUGCGUCAUUAUAUAAAUAUAUGUGAAAACGUUUAUUAAACUAGUGCCUCCAAAAUAACGGUGUUAAAAUGUCAUCGAUGUGUAACAGGAAGUGCAACAUUUUGCAACUCUUCAUACUCACGUGUAUCAACAUCCGAAUGCCUGUUGGCGGAAGCGAGCUGUGGCAUAGUGAAAAUUUCGCGCUGGGCUUUCAGUUCUUUGAUCAACUUGAUCUACUUAGUAGCUUAAAGAAUGUGACUACGGAGUGCUCAACACAACUUAGAACUGUGGCGAAUGCGUUGGAAACCAAUGAAAUUUGGGCUUUAAGAAUGCUUGAUGCUUGGGCAAAAUUUCCGUCUGGCAUACUGUAUGGACAUCGCAUGGAGAUGGGCAAUUUCGAAGAAUGCCUCGAUAUCAAUUCUCCUUUAAUUGGCAAAUAUUGUCAAGCAAAUAUUCCCUUCAAUUCGGCAGCAAUUGGUUUGAGUGUACAACUGCAACUGGGUGUCUGCAUCCCAAAUAGAUGCAGUCCAAAUGAUUUUGAUUUGCUUUUGAAAGAGGCUUUAGAGAAUUCGUAUAAUUUUAGUUUUAAUGCAACAACGAACUUGCUGAUCGCAUCCACUUGUUCAACUGGCGAACUUGUUGAACUUGAGCCUCUCGAUUGGGUUGCAAUUGGACUUUUCGUUUUAUUAGCAGCUUUAAUGACUUUAAGUACUCUCUAUGAUUGCCUUUGGACGUACCAGAGAAAAUUGCCUAACAAACUAAUGAUCUCUUUUUCGGCAACUAAAAAUUUGCGCCAGUUAUUGAAAGUCCAACAUGGGCAUAUACCUUGUCUACAUGGCAUACGUUGUCUUUCGCUAUUUUGGAUUAUAUUCCUACACUGUUAUUUAUAUCGCAUAUUAUCACCAAAUAUCAAUUCCGUCGACAUACAAAGCUGGGAGCAUACGCCAUUUUCAAUGAUUGAGCAAAGCGGCUCAAUUGCUGUGGACUCGUUUUUCUUUCUCAGUGGAUUGUUGGUCAUUAUGGUGGCUUUUAGGGAGAUGGAGAAAAAUACUGGAAAACUUAAUGUACCAAUGAUGUACAUUCAUCGUUAUUUACGUCUAACGCCGGUUUUAGCUGUAGCCGUUUUGUUUUACAUGUCAUUAUUUAAUUAUAUUGGUAGUGGUCCUAUUUGGAAGAGCUUUACCGUUGCCAACGAAAUGUGCGAUAAAACUUGGUGGGCCACAAUAUUGUAUGUGCAGAAUUACGCAGCUCCAGGUGAAAUGUGUCUGGGACAUGCCUGGUAUUUGGCAGUCGAUACUCAAUUAUUUUUCCUGUCGCCCAUAUUUCUAAUUCUUAUCUGGAAAUGGAGAAAAAUUGGUAUAGCUGCCACCAUAGCUCUGGGCUUACUGCUGGUUGCUUGCUUGUUUACGAUCAUAAUAAUAAAUCAGUAUACAAUUUAUGAUAUUGCACGAAAUUAUGGUGUGAAUAGUGAAGCAAUGCCGAAAAUUUACUACUCAACCCAUACCAGAUGCUCUGCUUGGAUAGUCGGACUAAUUUUUGGUUACUACUUGCAUCGCAACAAUGGCCGCAUUGCUAAAAUCCCAAAAUGGUUAGUUGCCGUUGGUUGGCUUAUUUCGCUCGCCACGAUUUUCACUUUGGUAUUUGCCUGGUAUCCAAAAACGCUGCCUAGCACAGGCGGCCCCACCGUACUCGAAAGCGCCUUUUACUUGGCUUUCGGGCGCAUGGCGUGGCCAUUGGCUAUAUGUUGGGUGGUGUACGCCUGUGUGAAUGGCUAUGGCGGUAUAAUCAACAGCUUUCUCUCGUGGACAUUUUGGCAACCAAUUUCGAAACUCUCCUACAGCAUGUAUAUUUGGCAUUUGAUUGUAAUUACCAUUAAUGCGUCGCUUAUCAAAACGAAUACAUACUUUUCAGAUUAUGAUGUGAUUUUGAGUUUUUGGAGCAAUUUCGGUAUUACGUUAUUUGUAUCAGUUUGUGUUUAUUUGGCUGUUGAGGCGCCAGUUGCUGAUAUUGAAAGUUACCUGUUGCCACGCAAUAUGCCUAAGGCCGAUAAACGGCCUACAUUGCCUGCUGCAACAACAGUAUCACAACAGAAUUUAUGCGAAUGACAGGAGUUAAGAGAAUUCCACACAUUUUUGAUAUUAUUAUUUAUUUUUUAAUUUGUUAAUUAGCAUAGUAAAUUUAAUA